GUAUUUAUUUAUUUAUUUAUUUAUUUAUUUAUUUAUUUAUUUAUGUAUUUAUUUAUUUAUUCAUUUAUUUAUGCAUUCGCAGACCGUGAUGAUCCAUCUAUGGUAUGUGUCUGCAGAUUUCCAGCUUUUCGUCGUUUCUCUGCUGGUUCUACAGCUGCUGAAAAGUCAGAAAAGGCUGGCCAUAGGAGCGUUCAUCGGGCUUUCUCUGUUGGGCUGCGCCAUCGCAUUGUGGACUGCGACGGACCCUGAUAUCCUGCCCUUCAUUACCUUCCCUUCCUUCACAGAAACCGCCAUGUUGAAAACCAUGAACAAAUAUUACAUGCGGCCUUUCUACCACGCGAUAUGCUUCUUCAGCGGUUGUAUAACGCUCCUCGUCCUGGACAACUUCAAGAAUCUCAAAAUUUCAAAGGCUAUGAACGCGGCGGGAUGGUUCGUGGCCAUUAGCUGCGCGCUGUGCGCGGUGCUCAUGAAGUCCCCCUGGUACAGAAGACCGGAUCCCACCUCGGAAGCAGUGAAACUGCUCGCGGCCUUCUUUGACCGCGUCCUGUGGUCAAUAUUUCUCUCCUGGUUCAUUUUGGCUUGCGCCACUGGCCGAGGCGGAUUCGUUGCUAGAGUACUCUCCUCGGACGUAUUCGUGCCUCUGGGCAAGCUGUCAUUCGGCGUCUACCUCAUACACUAUCCCUUCAUCAUGGUGAUGCUGCAUACUACUAGGGAGCGCCUGCUAUGGUCUCACUUUACUCUGGUGACCCUAUAUUUUGGAGUGUUCGUCUGGAGCAACAUCUUGGCGUACAUGGCGUUCAUCGCUUGUGAUGGACCAACUGCCGCAGUGGACAAGCUGAUUUUCCAAAGACUGAUGGGACGAGGAAGACCCGCAAAGCGAGAGAUGCAGCCGGAUGCUAGCGGCGCAGCAAAUGGGGAGAAACUGGGAGCUAACCAAGUUCCUCCGCUGUGGUCCAAACUUUGAUCUCGUCUGUUCUUUUUUGUCUUUUGUCAUUUGAAUCGCUCAGAAAAACCUCCGCUGCUGCCGUCGCUUUAAGCGCCAGAGGAUGGCGCGCAGCGCGACUUCUCCUGACAGCUGUCACUCUACCGCUAGAUUUCACACCUACAAGAGAAUUCGACAUCGCUCUACUUUUCAUUACCAUGCAGAAGUUUCAAUAAACAUGCGUGAG